CCAACAAACCUGCCAGUCACGUUUUCUGGUGACUCCAGCAAAGUCACCUCCUCCCAAGCGACUGCAUCGCAUCCAGCACUUAUCAUUAUCAGGUCGCUGGCCAGCCGCCUCCACCAUCCACCAUCCACCAUCCUCAAACCAGACAGACUGCUUGACCUCGCAAAGGUCAACUGGAUCUGGACCAUUCCUUUCCUCGCACACGCACCUCAACUCCUCCCACCUACCACCUCUCGUCGCAUGCCCUCCCCCGUCCCUCCUCUCCAGCUGCGCGUCGCGUCAAACCAAACGUCAAAUACCCCACCGCACAUCGGGGUAGCACUCGACGACUGUUCGUGGUCCGCCCCCAUUAGCCAAGCUACAGAGGUCAUACGGCUUCUGGGCGUGGGCGGGGCCUUGGGAAAGCUGCCUGUGUUGCGGGCGUCUCGCGAUUCUUGCACCUAUACCGACCAGGGUGUGACCCUGGGGCGAUAGGAAGGGGCUUUCCAAGUGCUGCCGGUUGGCGAACCGCGACAGUCUGCUUGUGCCGUUUGGUUCUUGAUACGACCUCCCAGCUUGGAGAGUCGGGACCGCUUCGUUGCCUGCGAGAUUGGAGUCCUCUGCCGGUGUCAGCCCUCGGGCCUGACGCGGGGAUCUCACGGUCGACCUCGCUGAUCCACUGAUUUUUGCCUGCUGAUGUGCUCAUAGGGACGACGCCCAGGACACCGACAUGUCCGCCUCUUCGCCAGCACCGGCCGAUGCCCGCGAGACGGCGACUCCGGUGGCUGCUGUACUGGAAUGGGCUGGACAAGAUGGUCAGCCGUGCUAUCUGAGCGACUCCGGAUCCAAUCCCGUGACCGUGACAAUCGACCUCGACCGCGCCUCCAAGACCGCCCUGCUCAAGAUCCGAAUCCAGCUCGAGCUCCGCAAACCCGUGCCUGGGAAGACGAGUCUCUGCCUGUUCAUCCCACCCGAGAGAAUCCACUCCGUUGCCCUCGACUCUAGCGAGCUGCCUACCGAGUCCAAACGUCUCCAGUGCCACAAGCUUGUGUGCCUGCGGCUGGAGCUGACGAGUGCGGCUGACCUCGCGGCGCGCGACUGGCCUCUACGUCCGAACAACAAGGUUCACGGUGCCGUGCUGGACUCUGCUCAAACACUUGCCCAACAAACGUCUCUCAGUCUACACGUCCCAGAUACCGUGUUGGACAAGGCCCAGCUGGACUGGCUCUGUGACUCAUUGUGCCGCCAUGAGCUACACACUGGAGAACCGGCUACGGAAGGCGGUGGUAUCUACGAAGGCCAAGAUGGCAGGAUCAUCAGCCCUGAGCUGCUUGCUCCCCGGAAAGGAGAUACAGCCGAGGGCCUUCCGUCAUACGAAGAGCUCGAGGGUCCGCCGCCGCCGCCGCCAAUAGUGCCUCCAGGCCAAGAGUCCGAGUCUGCCUCCAGUUCCAAGAAGAGAAAGCUGAGCGGUUCCGCCACUGAAAGCGUAGAAGUUGGGUUCAUUGAGAGGAUCUGCAGCAAAAUCUUUACGGAGCAGCUGGGACAGAUGGAGACCCGCAUGAAAGCAUGGGUGGACCAGCGGCUGACGGAGCAAGAGAAGAAGUACGACGAGAGGCUAGACAGGCUCGAAGACGAGAUCCAAGACAUGGACCGGCACGUGGACGAGCGGGUGUGGCUGGAAGUGGACGACCUCCGGACGGGCAUUCAGGAAGACUUUGACCAGCUGAGGGCCGAGACGGAAGAUUUCAUCCAAGAAGAGAACAGGAACGCUGUUGAUGUGAUUAGGAAGCAGCUGUCGGAAAGCGACGUAAACAUCGUAGGAGGGCGGCUAGAAAUAACAUGAUGCAUGCUGCUCCACCUCGACUUUGCGCAUCCAAACUGUGCGGAAUCGCCUCGAUGAUUCUUGACGCUCCUGUCUGCCCACGACAGACAGUCACCCGGGUCUGCCUCCAAUACCGAUUAAUCGCUCGUAUGAAGCGAGCAACCUGGCAGCCCCGGCCCCACCCAAAGGCUGGGCCGUUCCGCUAAGAUCCUUGUCGAAUGAAGGAGCUCCAGCUCCGAGUCGAGUGGGGCAUGACAGCUGUCGCAGCUCGGGGUGAUGACGUCUUGGGCAGUCGCACAUGG